AUGCAAUCUUUAGGGGUUUCUGGAAAUAGAAAGGUCAUGCAGUCUGGAACCUGUGAGCCUUUUCAAUCUCUAAGUCAUCAGAGAAAUGAUGAAGAGGCAGUUGUGGAUAGAGGUGGAACUCGUUCUAUUCUCAAAACACACUUUGAGAAAGAAGAUUUAGAAGGUCAUCGGACACUAUUUAUUGGAGUUCAUGUGCCCCUGGGAGGAAGAAAAAGCCAUCGACGCCACAGGCAUCGUGGUCAUAAACACAGAAAGAGAGACAGAGAGCGAGAUUCGGGAUUAGAGGAUGGAAGGGAGUCACCUUCCUUUGACACGCCGUCACAGCGGGUACAGUUUAUUCUUGGAACUGAGGAUGAUGAUGAGGAGCACAUUCCUCAUGACCUUUUCACAGAACUGGAUGAGAUUUGCUGGCGUGAAGGUGAGGAUGCUGAGUGGCGAGAAACAGCCAGGUGGUUGAAGUUUGAAGAAGAUGUAGAAGACGGAGGAGAAAGGUGGAGCAAGCCUUAUGUGGCUACGCUUUCAUUGCACAGCUUGUUUGAGUUGAGAAGCUGUAUUUUGAAUGGAACUGUGUUGCUGGACAUGCAUGCCAACACUUUAGAAGAAAUUGCAGAUAUGGUCCUUGACCAGCAAGUGAGCUCAGGUCAGCUCAAUGAGGACAUACGCCACAGGGUCCACGAGGCACUGAUGAAACAGCAUCACCACCAGAAUCAGAAAAAACUCACCAAUAGAAUUCCCAUUGUUCGUUCCUUUGCUGAUAUUGGCAAGAAACAAUCAGAACCAAAUUCCAUGGAUAAAAAUGCAGGUCAGGUUGUUUCUCCUCAGUCUGCUCCAGCCUGUGUGGAAAAUAAAAACGACGUGAGCAGAGAAAACAGCACUGUUGACUUUAGCAAGGGACUGGGAGGCCAACAAAAGGGGCAUACUAGUCCAUGUGGGAUGAAACAAAGGCAUGAAAAAGGACCUCCACACCAGCAAGAGAGAGAGGUUGAUCUGCAUUUUAUGAAAAAGAUUCCUCCAGGUGCUGAAGCUUCAAACAUCUUAGUCGGGGAAUUGGAGUUCUUGGAUCGCACUGUAGUUGCGUUUGUCAGGCUGUCCCCAGCGGUAUUACUUCAAGGACUGGCUGAAGUCCCAAUCCCAACCAGAUUUUUGUUCAUUCUUCUGGGACCCCUGGGAAAGGGUCAACAGUACCAUGAGAUUGGCAGAUCAAUUGCAACCUUAAUGACAGAUGAGGUAUUUCAUGAUGUUGCUUACAAAGCUAAAGAUCGUAAUGACUUGGUAUCAGGAAUUGAUGAAUUUCUGGAUCAGGUUACUGUUCUCCCUCCUGGAGAAUGGGAUCCAAGCAUUCGAAUAGAGCCUCCCAAAAAUGUUCCUUCCCAGGAGAAGAGGAAGAUUCCUGCUGUACCAAAUGGAACAGCAGCUCAUGGGGAGGCAGAGCCCCACGGAGGCCAUAGUGGACCUGAACUCCAGCGAACCGGAAGGAUUUUUGGGGGCCUUAUUUUAGAUAUCAAAAGAAAAGCUCCAUACUUCUGGAGUGACUUCAGAGACGCUUUCAGCCUGCAGUGCUUAGCGUCUUUUCUGUUUCUCUACUGCGCCUGUAUGUCUCCUGUCAUCACAUUUGGAGGACUGCUGGGAGAAGCAACUGAAGGUCGUAUAAGUGCAAUCGAAUCUCUCUUUGGAGCAUCCAUGACUGGGAUAGCCUAUUCUCUCUUUGGUGGACAGCCUCUUACCAUAUUAGGCAGUACAGGACCAGUUUUGGUGUUUGAAAAGAUUUUGUUUAAAUUUUGCAAAGAAUAUGGGCUGUCAUACCUAUCUUUAAGAGCUAGUAUUGGACUUUGGACUGCAACCCUGUGUAUCAUCCUUGUGGCCACUGAUGCAAGCUCCCUUGUCUGCUAUAUCACCCGGUUUACUGAAGAAGCCUUCGCUUCUCUCAUUUGCAUCAUUUUUAUUUAUGAGGCCCUAGAGAAGUUGUUUGAACUCAGUGAAGCAUAUCCAAUCAACAUGCAUAAUGAUUUGGAACUACUGACACAAUACUCGUGUAACUGUGUGGAACCACAUAAUCCUAGCAAUGACACAUUGAAGGAAUGGAAGGAGUCCAAUAUUUCUGCCUCUGACAUAAUUUGGGAGAACCUAACUGUGUCGGAAUGCAAAUCAUUGCAUGGAGAGUAUGUUGGACGAGCCUGCGGCCAUGAUCACCCAUAUGUUCCAGAUGUUCUGUUUUGGUCAGUGAUCCUGUUCUUUUCCACAGUUACUCUGUCAGCCACCCUGAAGCAGUUCAAGACCAGCCGCUAUUUUCCAACCAAGGUUCGAUCCAUAGUGAGUGACUUUGCUGUCUUUCUUACAAUUCUGUGUAUGGUUUUAAUUGACUAUGCCAUUGGGAUCCCAUCUCCAAAACUACAAGUACCAAGUGUUUUCAAGCCCACCAGAGAUGAUCGUGGCUGGUUUGUUACACCUUUAGGUCCAAAUCCCUGGUGGACAGUAAUAGCUGCUAUUAUUCCAGCUUUACUUUGUACUAUUCUAAUUUUUAUGGACCAACAGAUUACAGCUGUCAUCAUCAACAGAAAAGAGCAUAAGCUAAAGAAAGGUUGUGGGUACCAUCUGGAUCUGUUAAUGGUGGCUGUCAUGCUUGGUGUGUGCUCCAUCAUGGGCCUGCCGUGGUUUGUGGCUGCCACUGUCCUCUCCAUCACUCAUGUCAACAGCCUAAAACUGGAAUCAGAAUGUUCAGCUCCAGGAGAACAACCCAAAUUUCUUGGCAUUCGAGAGCAAAGGGUUACUGGGCUUAUGAUUUUUAUUCUUAUGGGUUCAUCGGUCUUUAUGACCAGUAUCCUGAAGUUUAUUCCCAUGCCAGUGCUGUAUGGAGUGUUUCUUUAUAUGGGUGCUUCAUCUCUAAAGGGAAUUCAGCUCUUUGAUAGAAUAAAGCUCUUCUGGAUGCCAGCAAAACAUCAACCAGAUUUUAUAUAUCUAAGGCAUGUCCCACUUCGAAAAGUCCAUCUCUUCACAGUUAUUCAGAUGAGUUGCCUUGGCCUUUUGUGGAUAAUAAAAGUUUCAAGAGCUGCCAUUGUCUUUCCCAUGAUGGUGUUAGCUCUGGUGUUUGUAAGAAAGUUGAUGGACUUUUUGUUUACCAAACGGGAACUCAGCUGGUUGGAUGAUUUAAUGCCUGAGAGUAAGAAAAAGAAACUAGAAGAUGCUGAAAAGGAGGAAGAACAAAGUAUGUUAGCUAUGGAAGAUGAGGGCACAGUACAGCUCCCAUUGGAAGGACACUAUAGAGAUGAUCCAUCUGUGAUCAAUAUUUCUGAUGAAAUGUCAAAGGCUGCCUUGUGGAGGAAUCUUCUGAUUACUGCCGAUAACUCAAAAGAUAAGGAGUCAAGCUUUCCUUCUAAAAGCAUUGAAAGCCGAAAAGAGAAGAAAGCUGACUCAGGGAAAGGCGUUGACAGGGAGACUUGUCUAUGA